CUUUUCGUCCUUUACUAUCCAACAAAAUGGGUCGGGUACGUACAAAAACUGUUAAGAAGGCUGCUAGGGUCAUCAUCGAAAAAUAUUACACCCGUUUAACCUUCGAUUUCCAUACCAACAAGAGGAUUUGUGAAGAGGUUGCUAUCAUUCCUAGCAAGAAAUUACGAAACAAGAUUGCUGGUUUUGCUACACAUUUAAUGAGGCGCAUCCAACGUGGACCAGUCCGUGGUAUUUCCAUCAAGUUGCAGGAAGAAGAAAGAGAAAGAAGGGAUAAUUUUGUACCUGAAGUUUCUGAAUUGGCUCAAGAAGUUAUUGAAGUCGACUCUGAUACCAGGGACUUAUUGCGUGAGAUGAAUGUUAUGGAUGACAUCACUAACUUACAAGUUGUGCAACCCAUUGAGAACUUUAGAGGUGCUAUUGGUGGAAGACAAUAAACCUGAGCACUACUACCUACAAUCGAUAUUGUAUAAUAAUUCUUCAAUAAAAGUAAUUACUUGAAC